AUGAAUCACUUAACUUCGCUCUCAUGCGAGCUAGCUAGACUUGCUAUAUAUCAACCUCGCGAGUUUCGAAGCGGCGGGGUAACUGCGGGCAGUGGAUAUUGCUUGCUGUAAAAUUUGCAAUAAUUUCUAUUACCAACUGUUUGUUAAAAUAAACAUAGUACAUGCAGUUGAAUCAGGGUGCGGAGCGGGCAUUUUAGGCCGCAAGGCGGCCAAGAGAGCCAGCGGACGAAGUACUUAUUUGAAAGUAAGCCUUCUAACUGAUGAUCUCAUCGCUGUCACUUCGCAUUUCCAUAAGGUAACAGACCUUCGAAUGUUGACAAGAGCUGUCAAAAUAAACCAUUCAUAGCGUUUACCAGAAUCUGGUAUACCGGAAGAAUCCGGAAGGGGCUUUUGUUGAAAAGUACCAUAAAGGAGUUUUUAGGACUCUCACUCCGUACCCCUUCCCCUCAUUGUUUUUCCUGCUCACUUCUUUUUCAGAAUGCUCUUUGCACGGUCCACACAGGAUAAACGCCAUGUUUAGAGGGAACGCGCAAAUUCUCUUACAGAUUGCGGUACUGUUUGCAGCUCAAAAACUUCAUGGUUCCGCCGGUCGCAUGUAAAGAAAAGGCGGAUCCGUGUAAGUUUUUGGCCGUUCAAAAUUUGUAAAAGGGGUCUGAGUGUUUUAAAACUCGAGUUGGUACCUUUUCGAUCAUAUUGAUCAUUGAUAGAAGUCGUACACCUGGACGUUUACAGCCACUAGGUUCCUUUUAGUUUACUGGUGUAGCUGUGAAAGAAUUCGCAUCUCCUACAUCUCUUCGUCACUGGAUUUGUCAAAAACACUACUCUCACUACGUUGUUUAACAUAACCAUUCCUCACAUUUAGAGAAAUUGUCAAGGUCUUGCCUGAAAUUCAGAGGAGGCAAUGAUGACAGAAAUGGAAUUUAUUCAUCUCCUAAGGAGGUAAUUUCCAACUCCAUUUCGUUUGUUAAUCUUUUCCAUAGCCUCCCUCACAUCCCCACGAAACACGAGCUCCCCUAAAAACGCCUGCGUGGGAGGCCACCUUUUCCACGGCGCUGUUGCAAAAAAAUGCGCGCGCGAGUCACACGAGAUGGCACAAAAUGUGCUAAAAUUAGCACAUUUAAUGGCUAUGAUAUAUACUUCAGGGGCACCCAACGACAAUUUUCGGAACAUAUCUGUUGGGAAGACGAUUAGCGAUCUAGAAUUUUCGGAAUAUUUGUUGUAAAUUUCUUGCUUGCCUGCCUCUCCAAGGAUUUUCGAACAUCUAAAAAAUGGUAUAAUUUCCCCAUUUUUAACGGAUUUUUUCCCGUAAAAGGUCACAUAGAAUUUUCGGAAGCCUUUUUUCUGGCUGAAAUUUCCGAGAAGGUAAGGUUUGAUCCCUAUAAUUUUCGGAUCACCAGACGUUCAGCUAGAAAAUCCGACAGAUGAAAAAUUUCUAGGGGAUAAAAAUAUGCCUAUAUCUACCGUUUAAAUACUAAAAUACGUUUAACAAUGCUAUGUUUAAGUGGUUUUGAACUAUCUUCUCGUUGGGUACCCCUGAUAUUUCGAUGAAGUCAACCCCAUCCCUGGAAAAGGUAUCCAGUUACGGUCUACUACCCCGAUUUAGAUAAAUAUGGCUCCUGGUAGAGUAUAAAAACGUAAUUUUGUGCUAUUUCACAGCGUAAUUAGCGUUGCUGGAUAACUCUGUCCGCCAUCAGGAGCCCGUAAACCACAAUUAAAACCAAAAAAUGUAUGAGUAAAGACUACACAUCAAUAUUAAUAUUAAUCUUGUAAAAAUUCUUGUAUGAGCCAUUAAAAUUGUUGAAUGACUUUCUUCACCUCAGACACUCGUGUCAGUCAAGUGUGAAUCGAAGUCCCCCAUUUUGCCUUUUUGUUCAAACAAACCUCUGACCUAGCAGCCCGGCUGCAUCUUGCGCCCAUCAUCUGCCCCAAAAGGUGAGGAUCUGGCUCCUUUUUCAUAGGAAAUUCAUAAAUUUUCUACUAAAACACUGUGCAAUAUGGAAGCAAGGCCAAUUUAACCAUGAAGAGCGGCACUAAGAGCUGCUCAGAUAUCUCAGAAUUGAAAAAAAAAAACUAGUAAGAGAAAUUGCUCAGAAAUUAUGCAAAAAGUUGCGUGAAACGAAAAUAGUUGCCAAAAAGUUGCCGAGCAACUUGUGGAAAGCCCUAGGGAGAAGGGGAGGGGGCGGAGAGGUUGGGAGGCUACUCAAUAAAGCUUUGUUCGGAGAGGCUUCGCCCCGAGGUCCAGUCCCUCACCCUUGAAUACACUAUUUUUGACAAAAGAUACCCCUUUCGUGUAUCUUCCAUUGAAAAGUUGUAUCCUUUUCAUAUAUAUGCUUCGUGAGAAUAACUCGGUAAGAAAGGAGGUCUUAAGGUCAUGUUCGUGUAACCUUUAACUGAUAAAUGUAAAUGAUAUUGCCAUAAGGUGUGUUUCUUCGAAGCAUUUGAUAAAAGGCCCUUUAAAAUACUUAAUAAAAGAUUUUUCUCUCCACUACCCUUUGUUACUCCUGAUGCUUGAAAGAGGUACCCUUCGGGCGAAGCCUUCCGGGCUAUGAAAAGUGCAUCAUGAAAUCAUGAACAGGAGAUGAGUAGACCUUCGGACAUGGACGGUGAUUCAAGACUGACGCAAAAAUAGAUGAUACAAUAAAGAAUCCAAAGAAACGCUAAGACUUAUACGGGUAACUCAAAUGAAGUGAAUGAAGAGUAAACGAAGACUGAAUAAAGUAACGGCAAUUGGUCACCUUCACCACACCCUAUCACUCCGCCCAAAAAAACCGACAACACCAAAAAGCUAAAUUUAACUAAAAGUAGUGACCGAAGAAGAAAUAGGACUGUAGUAGGUAACUGAUAAACCGUUUUGUUUGUUUGUUUUUGUUUUAAUCUAUUUGGUAAACUUGGCAGCUACUAGUGCCAGUCCCUCCUAAGUGCUGAAUUUUCAAGAUGGCGUCGCUUUGUUAUUUUCUAGUUUCAUCCUAUCGUUCAGUACUUUUUGCCCUUUGAAUAUGUAACCAAGGCAGUAUUUCGAGCUUUUUGAUAUUUCCUCCAGCUGCUGAACAUACUUUACAGCGAAAUAUGGAAGAAAAUUCACGAAGAGGACUUAAAACAAACACGAAGGGAUCGGCCUGUUUGAAAGAAAAAGCUUGGAAACUAUAACAAAUGUGAGUUUUCUAAUUUCUUCCUGUUUCAAUGGCCCAAAAUGAUUAUUAGUGUUUUGGUUACAUGGAUGAUAGUAGACUGCAAUUUGGCUGUCAGAGUUGUUCUGUCGUUUUAGUUGUGCGCUGUAAAUCAAUUCAAAAAUUCCCGAUUUUUUGCUCGUUUGCAGACACCGAGUUUAGGUCAGAUGAAAUAAGAAAAUUUUAGUCUUGUCCGUGGCUGCUUAACAAUUCUUAUAGUUUUAGAAAGUAGUUCUAUGAUGUGUUGUAUCGCAUACAAAAAAUAAACUUCGCUCGUUAAAUUUUGAGGGUUCUGUGAGUUUCAGAAAAUGGUGAAAAUUUGCUUAUAAAAAUGGCGUCCGAGGGGGUCGAAUAAAGUGAUGCUCGUAUCUCUAAUACAAGAGCAGUGAAGAACCUAUGUUUAUUAUAUUUGUCCAUUACUCCACCUAACCUAUCUAUGAUGUUAGUAUGAACUUAUUCUGUUGACCCCCUUCCGUUGACAUUUUUAACAUUUUGCCCGGUUUUCUCUGACAACCACUCUUAAAUUGUUUAUCAUAAUUUAACUGUAAAAAUUAACCACAUAUAAGAACCUGCUUGAUUUAGCUUGCCUAAACAGGUUCUUGUAUUCUUAGGUAAUAAAGUGUAGAUUUCUGGCAGGAGGUUCUUAACCACAGGUUCUUAUUAGCGGGUGAUUACUGUAACUGCCUCUAUAGUCAAACCAGUCAAACCUGUAUUAAGUGGACCUCUAUAAGGGGUCACUAAUUAAAGUCCUGGAGAUAGCUUCCCUUAAUUAUUGCAAACACUGAGCUGUAUUUAACGGUUACCUCUAUUUAGAAGCCGUGGUCACCUGUUUUCAAGGUCCCAAUGAGUAAUUUGUUAUUGUCUUUUAUUACCUCUAUUAAACUGUCCCUUUGACAAGAUGUGCCAUACUAGUGCAAAAGGAUACACUGUGUAGGGCGUUUAUUGGUCGUUUACAGACUUGCCAAGCCCCAAAAGGCAAAAAAUGUGAGAUUCUGAACCAGAGCUGGGAAAGAAGUGAGAAAUGGGUAAAAAGUCGUGAGAGAUUUCAGUGAGUUUAUGGGUAUUAGAAGUCACUAUAUCACUUAAAACUGGAGCAGUAAACAUGACGAUCAACUUUCAAUUAAGGUUUUGUAAAUUCUGUGUUUUGUUGGCGCCAUUUUGAAACAAGAGAAACAGUAAGUCUACACAUUUGGUGGCAGCGGCGAGUUGCGCGGUAGCUAAAAGAAUAGUCGCUUUUAAUUACAUUCUAUUACUGUUUUUUUUUGGGUUGAGCUGGCUAUCUAUUGAUAUCUAACUUAGAAACGAACCCAACAGCUCCAAAAUGUUUUGGAGAUAGCGUGAGAAAUCACUUGUCAACUCGUGAGAGCGUGAGACAGGUACUAAAAUCGUCAGACUCGCGACAAAGUCGUGAGACUUGACAAGUCUACUUUUACUUCAUUUCUUUUGGUACAAGAAAGCUAGAAACAGUUUGAGGUCAAUCUGUCGUGGGACAGUUUUUUGCUCUUUCACCAUCUUCGUUUUUUUGAAUAUUAACUCCUAGGUUUGCAAACCUGUCAACCUGUAUUAACCGGUGAGCGAGCCAUUCCCAAGGAUGACCGCUCUAUACAGGUUUGAGUUUGCUAACCUAAAUUAUAUCAUUAUCUUUUCUUACCGUUUCAGUUUUACAUUAUGCCUGAAACUACAAUGAAGGUCACCAAGGAUACAGUGACCAUUAGUGGGCUGGAUUAUGGAGGACAAAAUCAGGUUCAGCUAAAAGAUGCUGAUCCAAUUGAGCUUCAGCUUUUUAUUGAAAAGUUGCCCGCCUCUAUCAAAGGUAAGACUAAGCGUAUGAAAUGUAAUUUCCAAUACUUUUUUAUUUUGGUUUUGAAACAAAGAGGCACAUAGUGUAUAGAUACAGGCAGAUCAAGCUUAUGGCGAGAGUUCAGUAGUUAGUUUGGUGGUUAAACCCAUACAGUAAGUCAGACAAAAAUGAUACAGGUAGACCAAGCUUUAUGGUGUCAGUUGUUAGUUAGGUUUUGGUUUUUGAAUUUAAAGGCAUAUGGUUAAACCCGUACGGAUACAGGCAGCCCAAGCUUAUGGUGUGACUAGUUAGUCUGGUUUUGGUUUUUGAAUUUAAAGGCCUAUUACGGGUAAACCCAUACAUUGUGUCUGGAUACAGGCAGCCCAAGCUUAAGGUGUGACUGGUUAGUUUGGUUUUGAUUUUUUAAUUUUAAGGCAUAUAGUUAAACCUGUACAGGUAGUCAGGCAAUGAUACAGGCAGCCCAAGCUGUUGGUAUGAGAAGUUAAAUUGUCUGUAGGUUUUGGUUUUUGAAUUUAACGACAUAUGGUUGAACCUCUGUACAUGUGAAAGGAUAACGAGGCUGUAAUAUUAAAAUUUCUAAGUGAAAUAUCCAGACUCAAUAAUGAGUCAGUUAUAAAAACAGAGUUUUAUGAACGGUGCCAAACAAAAUCGCGUUGUUAACACUUAUUAAUUUGGUCUCCUCAUUUUCGGCCUUUCCGUGUCUUUUACGCCGCAAAAUAUUUUAAUUGACAUAAUUAGUGCAAAAUGUAAUGACACUAAGCAUUAACAGCUUUUUGGCGAAAAUGUAGCAAUCAUAUACAGUAACGCAAAGCGGUGUAACAAACUGUUCGCACAAAACGUAACAACUACUUUUGCGCGAAAUAUUACAAUUCAAAAUGUAACAAAAUUAAGUUGUUUAGAUAUAGAAAACGUGUUUAGAUAUACAAAAACUGUAAUUCAUGUUUACCGUUGAAACUGUCAACUGUAUGCGGCACUCUGAACGAAUCUGUUGUUAUUCAAUAAUCAAAGUCGAUCGCAAUCACGCAAUGAAAUAAGCUUCAAUAUAUACACACGAACACGUCGAAAACACAACAAUUUGCUUUAAUCGAAGAAAGAAGCUAUUUGGUCCUUAAAGCAGCUCUAAAUGAAAAACCUACCGACCCUCCGCAGUGAUUCUUCAUUCGUUGUUCAAUUUAACAAUUCAGUUUCGAAGACAAGGGCGAUUUUUCAGUUUACGGUAAAAUUUUUUGAAAUCCACGCAAGCAUGCCAGAGAUGCACUCCGCUGAAUAUCAAAGGACAAUCCAGCUAAAAUUUUUCAUAAUUAUGCGAAUGUUCAGACCUUGCUGAGAGGAGGAAAAGACACAAAGUAAUCGCCUAAAAUUCAGGCUACCAGAAAAACAGCUGAAAUUAAAUAGGUAAUGGUGUCAUUUCGUUGCUAUGACAACCUGAUCAUAACACAUUUUCCCUUUAUCUAAUAUAGGCUGUGGAGCUGAUUUUUCCAAAUCUUUGUUUAUGGCAACGUAUCUAAUGCUCAAACUUGGGACCCUGAAAAAUCCAAUCGAGCCACCUUAAAAUACUGAGGGCACCGACCAUCUAUGCAUUUCCUCACAAGUAGGCUAUGUUGAUCAAGCCUUGGACAUGGUCAUUUUAACAUGUUCGUUCAGCUAAGGUGUUCAUCCCAGAUAACACCCAAAUAUUUAAACUCAGUAACGCGCUUUAUGGCAGAGCCAUUGAUAGUAACUGAGAACUGAUUUUUCUUACCAUGCUUCUGUGAAGAACCAAACAGCAUUGCCUCAGUCUUUAAUAGCUGUGUCUCUGUAUCAUUAUACAGUACUCUUUCAUCAUUGCUUAUCCUAGCAGUAUGAAAACCGUGUGUCAUAUAUGAACCUAGUAAAUUGCUUAGUAGCCUUACCAUCACUGUUUCUGUAUCAUUAUACAGUACUCUUUCAUCAUUGCUGAUCCUAGCAGUAUGAAAGCCGUGUGUCAUAUAUGAACCUAGUAAAUUGCUUAGUAGCCUUACCAUCAGUGUCUCUCUCGAUCAUUAUACAGUACUCUUUCAUCAUUGCUGAUCCUAGCAGUACGUAAGCCGUGUGUCAUAUAUGAACCUAGUAAAUUGCUUAGUAGCCUUACCAUCACUGUUUCUGUAUCAUUAUACGGUACUCUUUCAUCAUUGCUGAUCCUAGCAGUAUGUAAGCCGUGUGUUACAUAUGAACCUAGUAAAUGGCUUAGUAGCCUUACCAUCAGUGUCUCUGUAUCAUUAUACAGUAUUCUUUCAUCACAUCUGAUCCUAGCAGUGUGUAGGACGUGUGUCACAUAUGAACCUAUUAAAUGACUUAGUAGCCUUACCAUUAGUGUCUCUGUACCAUUAUACCGUACUCUUUCAUCAUUGCUGAUUCUAGCAGUAUGUAGGACGUGUGUCACAUAAUUUAUGAACCUAGUAAAUGACUUAGUAGCCUUACCAUCAGUGUCUCUGUAUCAUUAUACAGUACUCUUUCAUCAUUGCUGAUCCUAGCAGUAUGUAGGAAGUGUGUCACAUAUGAACCUAUUAAAUG